AUGGGAGCUGUUGGUUUGGGGGUGGUUAUUCGUGACUCUAAGGGUAUUGUGAUUGGUGCUUUGGCAGAGCAAAUUCCUCUCCCUAACUCCGUAGCCAUUGUUGAAGCUUUAGCUUGUAGAAGAGCGGUCUUGUUUGCUAAGGAGAUGAGUAUUUUUGAAGCUACUUUUGAGGGAGAUGCUGAGAUAGUAACAAAUGCUCUUAAGGAUGAAGGUUCAAACCAUCCUAAGUUUGGUCAUGUCAUUAAUGAUUCUCUUGUCUUAGCUAGUGAUUUUUGUUUUUGUAGUUUUUCUCAUGUAAAACGAUUUGGCAAUUCAAUUGCCCAUUUUCUUGCUAGAAAAUCUAAGUUUGGUAAUGAGCUACAGGUUUGGAUUGAAUCCAUUCUUGAUAAUACAGCUCCCCUUGUAUCUUGUGACUCUUUGUAG